CGAAAGUACCGACACAACGACCGGUUCGUUGUUCGUUCCGUGGUUCGUCUCUUCUUUUGUGAGCAGCUUCAGUCUUGAAAGUACUAUGACAACUGAUCCAGAGCGUGCUGGCGAUAAUAGUGAAAUGGAAUCUGUUGAAGAUGAAGAUGAUAACAAAGCCCCAGAGCUUUUCUCCAAUAUUUUAAGUAGACCUGAUGUGUUAGCUGCUCUACGAGAUUGUUCUGCACCAGGAUUAGAGCAAAUGCAGAAUCUUCCAGUUCCUGUAAAACGCAGAAUUAAAGCUUUGAAACAAUUGCAAUUAGUUACUACCAAUAUUGAAGCAAAAUUCUAUGAGGAGGUACAUACAUUGGAAUGUGUUUAUUACAACUUGUGUGCCCCUCUUUAUGAAAAGAGGAGUGAAAUAGUAUCUGGCAUUUAUGAACCAACGGAUGAACAGUGUGUAUGGGAGAGUGAUGAAGAGGAAGAGGGAUUAACUAAUGAUUUGAAAACAAAAGUGAAUCUCGAAGAUGAUAAAGAGCAAAAAAAAGAAGAAGGUGAAACUGAAGAUGUUAAAGGCAUCCCAGAUUUUUGGCUGACAAUAUUUAAAAAUGUUGGAACAUUAGCUGAUAUGGUUCAGGAACAUGAUGAACCAAUACUCAAACAUUUAUACGAUAUUAAAGUGAUAUUCCUUAAAUCCAACCCAAUGGGUUUUGUUCUCGAAUUCCAUUUUGAGCCAAAUGAAUACUUUUCUAACUCAGUUUUAACAAAAGAAUAUAUUAUGAAGUGCACCCCUGAGAAAAAUGAUCCAUUUAGUUUCGAAGGGCCUGAAAUAUACAAAUGUAAGGGAUGUGUAAUUGACUGGAAGAAGGGGAAAAAUGUUACAGUAAAAACCAUUAAAAAGAAUCAGAAACAUAAAUCUCGAGGGUCCAUACGAACUGUAACGAAAACUGUUCGGAACGAUUCGUUCUUUAACUUUUUCAGUCCACCAGUUGUGCCAGAAGAUGCAGAAGCAGAGUUAGAUGAUGAGACUCAAGCUUUGUUAACAAGUGAUUUUGAAAUUGGCCAUUAUAUUAGAGAGCGUAUAGUUCCUAGAGCUGUACUAUAUUAUACAGGAGAAGGUUUAGAAGACGAAGAUGAAGAUUAUGAAGAGGAAGAAGGCGACGAAGACGAUCCUGAGGAAGAAGACGAAGAUGACGAGGAGUCUUCUCCUACUAAUGCACCACCAGGUGGGAAACAACAGCGCACUGAUCCUAAUGAGUGUAAACAGCAGUAGAAGUACAUACAAAUUAAGCUAAGAAAAAUUGUUCGUGCGUACAGUAAGCGACAACACACACACACACACACACACAAACACACACAACUAACUAAGGAAACUUGACCGGUAACUGCCUAGAUAAUCCCGCACCUGUGGCUCCAACAUAAUCCUGUUCGUAUCAAUUCAUCUAAUCAUAUCAUAUCUCCUAUUCCAGAUCAAGCCUAAACUCUUCAACAUACCAGUGACAAAAUUAUGUGUACCCUCCCUUUAUCCGACGUUGACGAUGAAUAGAAAUACGGCUCAUUAACAGCUAAGAUCUACAAAUAAUGUCAUAUAAGUAUAAACGAUUGUGCUCUCAGCUCUACAUAAUCAUUGUAAUUUUUAAUUGUUUCAUUUUAUACUAUUGUUACGUUUAUAUACAAACAAGAAAGUUAGUUGAAUUUUUUUCAAAACGCACGUUGAUCUAUGGACAAAUUUUUCGGUACUGUUAAAGCAUUUUUAA